CAAUGACAAAGUAGCAUUGGAAUUGAGAGAAUGUUAGCUAGUUGCUAUGGUGAUUAGAGAGGUAUGGGCUGCGGUAUUUCCCUCGGCAAGAAGACGGUGCAUCCAGACGACCAAGGAAAAUCUCCCGAAUCUAACGGUGACGCGGUGCAUGGCAAGGACAAAGGUUCUAAAGAUGCAUCACAACCAAGAAAAGGCAGGAGGGACAGCGGUCUUGUGAAAACUAACGCCGGGCCACCUAACAACGGCAGCCGUGUCGUCGUGGAAAGGACGCAGUCGCAAGUCGAGUUCUUCAAAAUGUUGGACGCUAAAAUUGAAGAAGGAGCUGACUAUGUCUCCGAAGAUGAUUGAAGAAACUUGUCAAGUUCUCGAGAAACUGAAUAUUUGAUGAAGGAGCACAGAACAGCAGCUGACGGAUUAAACUUUGUUGUGGAGUGGGAAAUUCUGCGCGGUGAUCGAUUGAGUAAUUACAGAGAUGAAAACUUAAUGAAACUUGUUAUUGUGUUUCGCAGCAUCAAAAUCUUUCAUAUUUAUUCUGAAUUGUGGCGAGCGUAGGAUUUUCAGUUUCAUAAAUAAUUAAUCGAUUAAUUAGUUUGAUAGUUAGUUAAUUAAUUAUGUGACUCUUCACAUGACAAUCUCCUUUAAAAGCCGGUUUUGCGUAGAUUAAUGUUUAUGUUUAACAGCUUAAAUUUGUACAA